AAGCCUUCAGGUGAAAACAAUAAAAGUUUGUCCUUUGCUUCUUCAUGCUCCUAUAAUAACCUUGAGCCUUCUUCUCCUUCUUCUUCUUAAGCUCUUUCUACCAGCCAUGGUUUCUGCAGAAGUUGCUAGAACAGCUGUUGGUAUCUUAGGAAACAUAACUGCAUUGAUCUUGUUCUUGUCACCAGUGCCAACUUUUGUUCAGAUAUGGAAGAAGGGAUCAGUGGAGCAGUUCUCACCAGCACCAUAUUUAGCAACUCUUUUGAAUUGCAUGCUUUGGGUGGUGUAUGGGUUACCAUUAGUGCAUCCUCAUAGCAUGCUAGUUAUAACCAUUAAUGGAUCUGGGUUUCUGAUAGAACUUACAUAUGUGGUUCUCUUCCUAAUCUACUCUGAUAGGAAGAAGAGGUUGAGAGUGUUUUUAGUGUUGGUGGUUGAGUUUGGAUUUGUUGCUUUCCUUACUGUUCUUGUUCUGAUUCUGGCACACACCACUGCUAGCCGUUCUCUUAUAGUUGGAAGUGUUUGUGUCUUCUUUGGGACUUUGAUGUAUGCGGCUCCCUUGGCAGUCAUGAAACUAGUGAUUACCACGAGAAGCGUAGAGUACAUGCCUUUCUUUCUCUCAUUGGCUGCCUUUGCUAAUGGCAUUUGCUGGACUACUUAUGCUCUCAUACGUUUUGACCUCUUUAUCACUAUUCCUAACAGUUUAGGAGCACUCCUUGGCCUGGCGCAGCUGAUACUGUACGCCACGGUCUAUAGAAAUACGCAAAGACUGAUGAAGGAAAGGAAAGCCAGAGUGGACAUAGGACUGGGAGAUGUGAUUAUCAGCCAAGAUUCCAAGUCCUCCAAUAAGAUGGUCAAUCGCCCUCAGAAUGGUCAUGGUAUUUCAGAGAUCUAUGAGCCAUGAUCUAUUUUACACCACCAUGAUCAUCUGAUGAAGCUUAAUUAUCUAAUUAACUAGGGUAGGUGUCAGACUCUAUACAUCGUGUUACCACUUAGUAGAGUCUUGUGUUUUUAGUAAGCACUUGUUAUCCCGAACCUUGCAUAUGUGGGAGCCUCAUGUAUCGGGUACGUCUUUUUUUAGUCAGUACCCUUAAUAUGUUUAGCUUUCCUAAUCAAAAGAUAGGAGAGCACUCCUUCUACUCAAGUUAUGAAAACCCUCACAUUCUAAAUUUCAGGACCUAAUUUAGGUCAGUAAUUCCAUCUUAUGCACUCAUUAGCAUCUAUAAAUCUCAUUUAAAUAAAAGGAAAAAACAAAAGUAAUCUUUGUUUUUAUUUUCAA